AUGUUCAGUAUCACUGGCAGUAGCAAGAGGGCAAGGGAGGAAGAUCCUGAUGAGGGUUCCCCCGAGGUGGAGAAGGUGGCUUGUGAUCGUUGUCGUCAGCGGAAGACCAAGUGCGAUCGGGUGAACCCCUGUGUGCAGUGCAUCCGAACGGGGUCGGACUGUACCUACAACCGGGGGCAUAAGCUCAAAGAGAAGCGGCAGCGCGUUCUACUUUCUAGUGUAUACGAGAGGAGACUGGAGUACAUCGCGAACAAGCUUGAUCACCUCGCAGAGGUAGUUGGUCGACUGAGCCAUGAGCACUCCAGCCAUGCGACUUCAGCCGGACUGCGUCUGCCAUUGCAGCCCUCUUUCCACCACCCCAGCCAUUCGUCGUCUUCUGCUCCUGCACAAGUGGAAGGCAUUGAAUCCACCCUUUUCGUCCAUGUGACCUUUACUGCGAAAUGCCUCCAAGCGGCAGUGAUGGACGCCAAUCUUCCCCCUAGCGAUGCCCCCGAGUUGACCGCCGCACUGAACAGCCUGUGGAACACGAUAACUGCCCAGACACAACAGAACCAGAUCUUAGAAUGUUCGCAGCCGUUUGCAGAGCCGCUUCCCCGAAGCUUGACUUCAGACUUCAAGGACCUGCCGAUCCCCUCCCUGGACCGGAUCAUGGCAUGCCUGAGACUCGCUCACGAAUAUUCACCCAGUCGGCUCUAUUGGCCCUUCGAGUUCGGAUCCCUGGGCGACUUCACUCACUACGUGAUCCGAGCGUGCUCGCCGGGCCCGAUCACCGAGAUGGAGCUGAUCAUUGUGCACUACGUGCUUGCCUGGCUGUUCCCCGAGUGCGCAAACCUCACGACAGGCGACCCUCUGCUCAAGCAGGAUUACGAGGACCAGGCCCUCGUUUGCCGACAGAGUCUGGAAACCCUUCUGGGUAGUCUGUCCUUCCAUGUAGCUACGAGCUUGGACGCUGUGUGUGCUAUGUACAUGGCUACAAUCCACUGUCUCCAGCACGGCAAACCCUUCACCGCGUGGUCCUUCAUCUCCAAGGCUUCACUCAUCAGCCAGACCCUAGGGCUACACAGCCCUCAUGCUACCAUGGGCCCCGCGGGGAUAGAAGAAGCCGAAGAGGACGAGGACAGAAUCCAGCGGAAGACGCGCCUCUUCUGGGCGGUCUACGUCCUCGAGAAAGCCCUCGCCCUGCGUCUGGGUCGGCCGUCCACGAUCCACGACGCGGACAUCACGCUGCCAAAACUCCGUCUCGACCGCCGGAUGGCCUCCCUUCUCCACAACCGGCUACCGGACUGGAUCGAGGUGGCCGGUCUGUACGGACGGGCGUACGACGAGAUCUGUAGCCCGAAGGCGCUGGCGCAGACGGCGGACGUGCGCGAGUCUCGGAUCCGCGCUGUGGCGCGUGAGUGGGAGGGGGUUAUUGCCGCGCGGGGGGAGUUGUAUAAACACCCCGAACAAUGGACCAGCCAUGUCCUUGCCCCCGGACCGAGUGAUUUCAUCAUCCACGCCAACCGAGCGACUGAGUACUCGGUCCUGGCGUCGAUCUAUCGAGCUAUCCCCCCCGAAACAGAACCUCCUUCUUCAGCGCGUUCUUCUUCCGGUGACAGGGGCAUAAAACCUAGCCCUGAAUCCCUCGCCGCAGCAAGACUCUCCCUCGUCGAGACAGAAGCCUGCAUCACCACCAUGCUUGCCGCCGACGCCGACGUCGACAACGCGGCGUGGCCGUCCUCCCCUGGCUUCGAUGUCUGGGUCACUGAGAGCUUACUCGUUGCGCCGGUCAUGCCCUUCUUGAUUUUACUCGGUGGGCUCGUGCACUCGCCUGGUUCUGAGGAGUUGGAUCUGGAUAUCUUAAGGCGGAUCGUCGAUGGAGUGGGUCGGCUGGUGCGCGUGCCUCGGUACGCGCGGUGUCGGAGGUAUGGCCGGGUUUUUCGGGUCUUGUACGAUGUUGCUGCUGCGUUUGUGGAGGUGAGAAGUAAAAGGAGGAUGGAUAGGUUUGGUGGAGAGAUGGGGGUUGGUGUCGGUGCGGGCGGCGAGUUGGAUGGGCUGGGGGAUCUGGAUGCGUAUUUGGAUUGGAGUGGGAGUGGUUGGGGUGAUUAG